UUCAGUCGCAACGUGGAGUUGUUUACUAUUUCUGACAGUCCUCUUGGGUGAAAAAACUGAUGUAAUUCUUCAAACCCAUCACAACCUGUUGGAAAUUGGACUGUGUGCCUAAAGGAAGAAAUGGGGAAGCCAAAGAAAAAGAGUGAUCUCAGCCGAGCUGAGUUGAUGAUGAUGACCAUUGCCGAUGUCAUUAAGCAGCUGGUUGAGGCUCAUGAAGACGGCAAAGACAUCAAUCUCAACAAAGUGAAGACGAAGACUUCAGCUAAAUAUGGACUUGAAGCCCAGCCUCGAUUGGUUGACAUCAUCGCUGCCGUUCCACCACAAUACCGUCGUGCUCUGGUGCCCAAACUAAAGGCCAAACCCAUCCGCACUGCUAGCGGGAUCGCAGUUGUGGCUGUGAUGUGCAAACCACAUCGAUGUCCCCACAUCAGCUUUACAGGCAACAUCUGCGUCUAUUGUCCUGGUGGACCAGACUCAGACUUUGAGUACUCCACACAGUCCUACACCGGCUAUGAGCCGACGUCAAUGAGAGCAAUCCGAGCACGGUAUGACCCCUACCUUCAGACCAGACACCGGGUGGAGCAGCUGAAGCAGCUGGGUCACAGCGUGGACAAGGUGGAGUUCAUCGUGAUGGGCGGGACCUUCAUGGCUCUGCCCGAGGAGUACAGAGACUACUUCAUCAGGAACCUACACGACGCCUUGUCGGGACACACCUCCAACAAUGUGGCCGAGGCCGUCAGGUACUCUGAGCGCAGUAACACCAAGUGCGUGGGAAUCACCAUUGAGACGCGGCCCGACUACUGCCUGAAGCGACACCUCAGCGACAUGCUGGGCUACGGCUGCACCCGGCUGGAGAUAGGAGUCCAGAGCGUGUAUGAGGAUGUGGCCCGCGACACCAACAGAGGCCACACGGUGCGAGCUGUGUGCGAGUCGUUCCACCUUUCAAAGGACGCCGGCUUCAAAGUUGUCGCCCACAUGAUGCCAGAUCUGCCUAACGUGGGCAUGGAGAGGGAUGUGGAGCAGUUCAUUGAGUUUUUCGAGAAUCCAGCAUUCAGACCCGAUGGCUUGAAGCUGUACCCAACGCUGGUGAUCCGAGGUACAGGUCUGUAUGAGCUGUGGAAGACGGGCCGGUACAAGAGCUACACACCCAGUGCGCUGGUGGACCUAGUGGCCCGAAUCCUGGCACUGGUGCCGCCCUGGACACGAGUCUACAGGGUGCAGAGGGACAUCCCCAUGCCGCUGGUGAGCUCCGGAGUGGAGCACGGCAACCUGAGAGAGUUGGCGCUGGCCAGGAUGAAGGACAUGGGCACUGAGUGUCGAGACGUGAGGACCAGAGAAGUGGGCAUUCAGGAGAUCCACCACAAAGUCAGACCUUACCAGGUGGAGCUGGUGCGGAGGGACUACGUGGCUAACGGCGGCUGGGAGACCUUCCUGUCCUACGAGGACCCGGAGCAGGACAUCCUGAUUGGUCUGCUGCGUCUGCGUCGCUGCUCCCCGCAGUCCUUCCGUCCGGAGCUGAAAGGAGGUGUGUCCAUUGUCCGCGAGCUGCACGUUUACGGCAGCGUCGUCCCCGUAAGCAGCCGAGACCCCAGCAAGUUCCAACACCAGGGGUUUGGUAUGAUGCUGAUGGAGGAGGCAGAGAGAAUUGCCAGAGAUGAACAUGGCUCUUUUAAAUUAGCUGUCAUCUCAGGUGUAGGAACGAGGAACUACUACAGGAAGAUGGGAUAUGAGCUGGAGGGACCGUACAUGGUGAAGGACCUGUAUGGACCUGGACUGGACUGAAUCUGGACAAUGUUUUUAUCUGGCCAGUGGACACAGGCGCACACAUUAUUUUAUUUAUCAAGAUAAUAUCCUCGGGACACAGUUUCUGCAGUGCGUUUCGUGGAACUUUUGUAGCAUCAGAGGAGAUAACGGCUGGGUUUUUCUCUCAGUCCGGGCUUUUUAUCUGGUGCACAGCAGGCCGUGCUGUUGCAUCUCCUCCACUUCAUGUAGAUAAGGAGACGGUGUGAGAGGGUGCGAGGGGUAAAGUUAUUUCAGAUGAAGCCAGAGCAUCUUGUGGACAAGGUUUUAGUUCAAUUUUAGAUACAAACGUUCUUUACUGCGACAGAAAAGGAGUGUUUUUUGUUUUUAAGUUAGGUUUUAGUCUGCUUCUUUGACACACAAACAGUCGCAUGUUGGUAUUUUAGCUUUCCACAUUGAAACAAAUGGGUAGCACCUGUGCCUUGCCAACUCUGAUCCAGUCUGACAAGGAAUGAGAACAAUCCUGCUAAACGGCAAAGAGAAGUCUGAAUGUCUAGGUAUACCUGAAAUAAUUUCUGUGUCCGUCUGGGACUAGAAACCUGUUUAGCAUCACGCUUUGAGUUAAUCAUGUUUAUGUUGCCAUUAAAUAGGAAACUCAUUAUGAGUCAAGCGUUCAUUAGUGUUUGGCAGUGGAUGAAUGAACAGUUGGAAGUGUCCUCGCUGGGCAGCCGUUGUGUAAUUGCUCAAUUUUGAUUUAUAGGGCAGGAAAUUGAAUAUUAGUGUUACAUAAAUUGCUUUUUAAAGCCCCCCAGUUAAUCCUAUUUCAUGUUUUUCUGUCAUGCAUUCUUGGGCUUCGUGUAUUCUGGGAAAUUCUAGAUGUUGAACACAUCUCUUGACUUUUUUUUUCCCUCGAUGAAUAAAGUAUAUUUCAGUUUC